GCUAAACGGGCAAUAUGUGGUCCAGAUCUCGGCUGUGUCCUUGCUCAGCCCGUGGCUCUCCGAAUCCCAGAUCCGCCAAGCCAGAUGAACACGGGACGGCUCUCACCACCGCUGACUGACACAGGCUGCUUGCCCCUGCCGGGAUUAUCGCCAUAGGAACAAAUGCUCUUUACCUCUGGCGUCAUGCCCAGCGUCUACUACCUGUCGCUCUUCAUGGUCGACUGCCUUGCCUUUGGUGUAUCCGCCAUUGCAUCCUUCAUCCUCCUCUUCUCGAUCCCGAUCAACUUUAUCCGAGCCUCAAACCCGCUUCCCUUGAUCCUUCUCGUCCUGUUCUUUGGACCCGUAACGGUGCUGCUGUCCUACAUCCUCUCGUUUGCUUUCAAGAGUUCCAAGUCGGUCGGCCCUAUUCUUGGAGUCGCCGUUUCCCUCGUUGUGUUUGUGCCCUAUUUAAUUAUCGGCUUUGCUUUCGACAACAACGUCCCGGCCGUGUUUGAUUUCAUUUUUGGCAUUAUUCUUCCAACCUUUGGAGCCUACCGUGCCCUCGUUGACUAUGCUCACGGACCCAUCAACGGAGCCCCUUACACUCUGGCCGAUACAUUCAACAUCAACCGCAGAGUUUUCCCGAUGAUCCUGAUCUUCAUCGCCCAAAUUCUCCUCUACACGUUCCUGAUUGCUGUGCUGCAUCAUCGCAAAGCCACGGGCAAGCGAUUCCUGGUGGCCCUGAGCGAGGUUGUCUCGCAAAUCAGGUCUCGCAAGACGCCUUCGACUCAUCACGAGAGCUCCGCUAUCCACCCCGAAGAUUUGCCCUCGACAGCGAUCGUUGUUCCAGCCGGAAGCGCUGCUGGAGCGGCCCGGGUCACGGAUGCCGAGGUGCUCCGCGAAACGACCAAGCUCAUGUCUCCUGAUUUCGCAGGAACUCUUGAGGACUCGGAGUAUAUCAUGGCGGCCCGCGGCAUCAACAAGUCCUUCAAAAUUUCGGGCGACCGCACCCUCAAUGUCUUGAACAACUUGGUGAUGGGUGUCAAGAAGAACGAGUACUUUGGCUUCCUUGGUCCCAACGGCGCCGGCAAGACCACUGCCAUCAACAUUCUGACCGGAAACGACUUUGCCAACAGCGGCGAGGCCUUUAUCGGCGGAUACUCUGUCUGUCCGCAUUUUGAUCCAUCGGCACGCCGCAUGAUCGGACUCUGUCCGCAGUUCAACGUGCUUUGGGACAAGCUCACGCCGCGGGAGCAUAUCUCGGCAUACGGCGAGCUUCGCGGCAUCCCAAGCUCGGAGCUCAAGGCAGCUGUCGACCAGGUCAUCAGCGACAUGGGCCUGGAUGACGGCCAGAAUCAGUUCACCAAGACGCUUUCCGGCGGAAACAAAAGAAAGGUGUCGAUUGCCAUCUCGAUGAUCGGAGACCCCAAGCUGGUCUUUUUGGAUGAGCCCACGACAGGUGUCGACAUCUCGAUUCGCCAGAAGAUCUGGCAAGGAAUCGAAAAGCUCAAGGAGCGCUCCUCGAUCAUACUUACAUCCCACUCGAUGGAGGAAGUCGACGCUUUGUCCGACCGUAUCGCCAUCCUCAUCAACGGCCAACUUCGCUGCCUGGGCACGUCCCAGAGACUCAAGAACGUGUAUGGAUCUGGCUACAAGAUCGCUGUCAAGCUCUCAUCCUCCAGCCGCUCCCAGGCGCUCGUGGACUGGCUGCCGACACAAAUCCAGAGCAUCCCCGGUUUGCCAAUCCAGUGCACUGUCUCCAAGAUGAUCGGCUCCAGCGUCGAGUUUUCGCUUUCGAUUCUGUCGCGCCCCGCCGAGGCCGGAGCCGGCGAGAAGCAAUCGUCCGCCAACUAUGUCGAGGAUACUUGCAUUUUGCUCUCGACCGGCUUCCAGAUCCUGGAGCGAUCCAAGGCUGAAUAUGGCAUCGUGGACUACUCGUUCUCGCAGGCGACCCUCGGCCACGUCUUUGUGGAACUGGCCAAGGAACAGCUCAGCGCCAGCGACCUCGAGGGAUCAAAGAGCUCCAAGGGCGGAUGGCGGCCCUUUGGAUUGUUUCGGUCGUCGUAAUAUGACCCAGUUGAGCCCGAUUCCAUUGACGCCGCGACAAGCCCCCUCUCGUUCUCGCUGCCUCAUGAUGCCAAUCAUCAAGCUGGCCGCUUGACUACCCAUGUAUCACGUCCCUGCUCUUGUAAUUCUUGUCCCUGCUCAUGCCCGUUACCUCGUCCGCUGUGGAGGAAAAGACUAUGCAUUCCGGCGUGCACGACCUCGAACCAGCAACAGCAAUCCGAGGCUUGUGGUGUCAAUACAUCGUCGUUGCAUUCGACAGUCGCUUUGAAAUA